GAGGAGUUUGUCUGCGAGCCCCCGAUGAUAACUCGCCACACCUCCAAGAUGUUUGUGAUGGAGGGUCAGGAGGUCAGCCUGCGCUGCAAGUCCAUCGGAGAUCCUGAGCCCUCAACACACUGGGUCAGUCCUGACGGAAAGCUGAUCGGAAACACGUCCAGAACCGUCUGCUACGAGAACGGCUCUCUGGACAUCCUCAAGGCCUCCGUCAAGGAUUCAGGAAAGUUCACGUGUAUAGCAUCUAAUGCAGCCGGGGAGGCCACCGCUCCUGUUGAGUUAGUCGUCAACCCCUCACCACACUUUGACCCUAAACUGGACCCCGACCCGGGGCCUUCGGACAUCCCCACUUCUAUCAAGUCCAAUGCCAGUGGGGGUCAGGCCCGGUACGACCAGCAGAGGGUCAGUGUGUCCGAUCUAACGUCCAGUUCUGCUACCAUCAGAUGGCCCCCACAGAACCACAUACCAGGAGUCCGCAUGUACCAGAUCCAGUACAACAGCUCCACAGACGAUAUCCUCAUAUACAG